GUGCAAUAAAUUUAAUCGCAUUAUUUUUAUAUUUUAGAUUAUAUUUGCACAAUCUGACGUAAUGAUAGAUGAUGAAGAAUUUGGUGCAACAGAACCUUCUGAAGAAGAGUGGCAUAUGGAUUUUAUGCCAACCGGCUACCUUCCAGACAGUGUUUAUAGAGAGCUGGCCUGGUAUGGUAUACUGCAGAUUCAACCUCUACACCAUAGCUCUAAACACAAAGUAGCAGCACAAUUAAUAUGGCAGCACACUCUUGGUCGUCCUCACGUUAUAAUGGAAAACCCACCACAGUCAACUCAAUCUCCGGGUAAAGUAAGUAGACAGAUUUUAGCUGAAGAAGCCGCUAAAUGGUCAAGGGAACAGCGUGCAGCUCAAGAAGUUCUUAUGGAGAACAUUAAAAGUGGCGGCAAUGGUUUAACAGUGAGAACCGUCAUUAGUUCACGAAAGAAAACUAUUUAUAUAAUACAGAACGGUAACUAUUUCACAUGUCCAGAGAAUUCUGAACCUGAUCUAAAUGCUUAUAGGGUGCAAGCGAAUAUGCAUGAAAGAAAAUGUACUUUUGGCAAACAAUCAAUACCAGUCCCAGUAGAUCCUUGCAUUGAAGCUGAAAUGGCACCUAUUGAGUAUUCAUUUCAUGAAGGCUGGAUGUUCUGUCUCGGUAACGGUGAUAGAGAAAAUAAUUAUUUUCAGAACGGUACGUUGGAUUGCGGAAAUAAAAUUAAGAUUUCUGUAGAUGAUUUUUUGAGUGACUGCGCGAUUGACAACAAUAUCGUGAUUUCAUUUGAAUACUUUGGUGAUGAACCUCGAAAAGACAUGAUGCAUAAUGCUACACUUUGCACAUCUUGGGAUCCUUGUUAUUUAUCGUAUCUAUAUCGUCUUGAGCCACCACCAGUGGAAAUGACUCCUGCCUUCCCAACUUCUACGCAGGAUCCAUGUGAAACAACAGUUUGUGCCGAGUGUCUGGAAGGAAACACUGAGGAUGUUGGAGUUCAAAUAGAUAAUGAUAAUGAUCGGAAAAAUGUCGUAAAUAAACAAACGGAAAUUGAUACCGAUGAACAAUUAAGACUAGUUAAAUUUAAUUAUGUACAUUUUUGGUAA